UCGACUUGGCGAACGACGACGGCUUCCGGAGCAUGCAGCCCCGCGUCCGCGACCUCUACAAGCGCUUCCUCGUCGUCGGGAAGGACUACCCCCUAGGCCUCGAGUACGUCCGGCCCAAGGUCAAGGAAGCCUUCUUCAAGAAGGCGGCGCUCGCCGACGAGGCCGAGAUCAAGAAGGCUGUGAGCCGCGGCCGGUGGAUGGUCAAGGAGAUGAUCGGGGUCAUCCAGCUCAAGAAGUAUCGCGCGAUGAACCAGCGAUAUACACCGGCCGAGAUGCACACGCUGCUGCGUGCGCUGCACGAAGAGGCGCAGCGAACGACCGAGAAUCCCGUCGACGAGGACGACGAGGACGACGUCUGAAGAUGCAUGGUGCAGUAUAUAUUACGAUAUCGUGAUACGAACAUGCGCUCUAGACCCAAGAUUCCUCAUAAAUAAGCGGUGUCGUGUCGGCU